AUGACACAUUGCCAUAGUGCUACUUCCCGUAACUGUGAAAUCGGGAGGGAGGUGUGUAGCUCUGUUAGUUCAUGUUCUGAAGCCUCUCUCCACAACAAACAGUUAUUUCUGCUGCUGAAGAUGGAGGGAUACAGAAGUUUUUUGUUUUUUCUCGUGUCCUCGCUGUUGUUUGGUUUUUUGGGAGUUAUUUUUGUCCUGGUCUGGGUUUUGUACUGGAGAGAAGGCCUCGCCUGGAAUGGAGGGGCUGCUGAGUUUAACUUGCACCCUGUCUUAGUAAUUACAGGAUUCGUGUUUAUUGAAGGAAUUGCUAUUAUAGUGUACAGGUUGCCAUGGACCUGGAAAUGUAGCAAGCUGUUAAUGAAAUGUAUACACGCCGGCCUUCAUCUCGUAGCCAUUGUUCUUGUGAUCGUGGCUUUGGUUGCUGUGUUUGAGUAUCACAAUUCUUUCAAAAUGCCCAACAUGUUCAGCUUGCACAGCUGGGUUGGCUUGACGGUUGUCAUCCUUUUUUUUGUACAGCUGGUUAUGAGCAUUUUCGUCUUCCUCCUGCCCAUUGCGUCGGAUUCUCUCAGAGCUGCUCUGAUGCCAAUUCAUGGGUACAUGGGUCUUCUCCUCUACGGGUCCAUUAUUGCAACCUGUCUUAUGGGAAUCACCGAGAAACUAAUCUUUACGUUGAAGGAGCCACCGUACAGUAAGUUACCUCCAGAAGCCAUCUUUGUAAACACCCUGGGCCUUCUUAUCGUGGUUUUCGGUGGUUUGGUGAUUUGGAUUACCACUCGACCUGCAUGGAAGCGUCCUCCAAACUAUGACGUCAAAGCCCCACUUCCCAAUGGUGGUAAUCCUACUGACACAGAGGACAACACUACCGUCAAGGAUCACAAACCUGACCUGGAACUGAACAGUGACGCUGCCAGGAAACGAAACCUGUAACUCCAUGAAGCCAGGGUCAAAGGUCAGCAAUGUGAAAAAGAUUUUGAAGACUAACACAACGGACCUGUGUCAUUUUUUAAUCAACCUUGAUUUUACCAAAUCGCACUGCAGAGGAAAAAGGGACAAUUCUAUUAACUUUUGGAUUUUUGUAAAUUGCACCUUUUGGAACA